GAUAAUUAUGCAAUUAAAUAUAUGAAAUGUGGAUUGCUCGCCGUGGCGGCCACGAGGCCAUAUUGACUCUUGUUGUGUAGCCGGUGGAAAACGAGGUAGAGGGGGCGACACGGGAGACAGGAGAGAAGGAGAUGGCUGGACCGAUCGGAGUGGCGGCGGCGCCGUUUACUUACGUAGCGCAUGUGCUCGGAGUGGCGGCGGCGGUGCUGGUUCUCAUCUGGUGCAUCAACUUUCGCGGCGGCCUCGCCUUUGAGGCUGUCAACAAAAAUCUCAUCUUUAACCUUCACCCAGUUUUUAUGCUCAUUGGCUUCAUAGCCAUUGGUGGUGAAGCAAUAAUAAGCUAUAAGGUUCUUCCCUGGAGCAAGGAAGUGAAGAAGCUCAUCCAUUUGAUCCUUCAUGCAAUAGCAAUUGUUCUGGGUAUAGUAGGAAUAUGGGCAUUCAAAUAA